ACGAUUUGUUAACUAGAUAAUUACACGUAUGUCCAUUAAUUGGCAGAAGACAAGUGACGAAUAUUAUGAAGAAUGCAUAACUUUGAAAGCUGUGCUCGUCGACAAAAGCAAACCAGACAAGAUCGGGUCAUUUUCAACACAUUGAAUUCCCAGUGAGGUGUUUUUCUAAGCUCCAUGGACACCUUGGAUAGUAGGAGUGAGCCCCGGUAUUCUGAUGGCGAUCACAACCAUUGGCUGAUGGAGAGACCGGAAGACAUGGAUCAGAGGAGCCGGGAGGGGUGGCGGCUGGUAGAUGUCCUGCUCUCCGGGGGUGCUCCAUGGGGAUUCACACUCAAAGGAGGCAGAGAGCACCGAGAACCACUGCUCAUCACAAAGGUGGAGGAGGGCAGCAGGGCAGCAGCGGUCAGCCUCCAGGUUGGAGACGAGAUGGUGAACAUCAACCAGGUCCCUCUGAGCGGUUACAGGCAGGAGGCCAUCUGCCUGGUCAAGGGAUCAUACAAGACCCUCAAUCUGGUUGUCAAGAGGAGGAAUGAAGCUGUAAGCAGGCCUCACUCCUGGCACGCCACCAAGUUCAACGAGAGCCAAUCAGAGACGGCCAAAACUCAGUCUCCACCCCCGCCAGUCUGGCAGACCAGAUAUGAUGCAAGCUUCUCCUCUACCAACCUCUCCUCGUCUGGCUGGGACCAGAACCAGACUAACCUACGGCGAGUAUCAGACCAGUUCAGCUCUCUGGGCAGCAUGGACAGUCUAGACGUCUCUCACCACUCCUACCCCCCUGGACACCAGUCCCCAGGACGCUUCUCCCCGGUCAAGUCCAACACCAGCACGGAGCACCUGGGAGGAGGCAAGAGGGACUCAGCAUACAGCUCCUUUUCCACCAACUCUGGUACCCCAGACUACACCCUCUCCAAGACACCAGACCACACCCUCCCUAAGACACCAGACCACACCCUCCCUAAGACACCAGACCACACCCUCCCUAAGACACCAGACCACACCCUCCCUAAGACACCAGACCACACCCUCCCUAAGACACCAGACUACACCAUCCCUAAGACACCAGACUACACCCUCCCUAAGACACCAGGCCACACCCUCCCUAAGACACCAGGCUACACCCUCCCUAAGACACCAGGCUACACCCUCCCUAAGACACCAGACUACACCCUCCCUAAGAGCAAUGCUGCCUCCACAGAGAACAUGCUGUAUGAGGUGAGCCAGUGGGAGUCAGGAGGCCUGCCCAGUAACGGCAGCCUGAGUAGUGAGGGGGUCAGGCAGGACGAGAGGCCAGGGUAUCUGCAACUGGCUGGGGGACAUGGGGCCAACAUGGGCCGGGACAGCCCCAGGACAGCGGAGCAGUCAGGGUCAAGUUCUUCCCACUCCUCCAGCUCUGCUAGGGCUAGCUGCGGUCCCGUCUGGCACGUUCCUGACAAGAAGAAGACCUCCGAUCCCUCUCCUCCUCCCCCACCGCCCGUACGCAGUGACAGUUUUGCUGCUACGAAGUCCAAUGAGAAUGUUCUGGUUAUAGCCUGUCCAGAGGGACCCGGAGCUCACACCCAGCCCAAGGCCCAUGGUAAAGGAAUGGAUAACUCUGACUCACAAUGCACCAAUGACUCUCGGCGUAGCCAUCACAACUUACCCUCCAAGAACAACAUGGCCCCUCCUUACAUUUCACCAAAGAACUGUCAUCCCAACCAGGUGAACUGUAACAAGCUUUGCUCCCUGUCCAGUAGUGAUGUCAGGCUGGGCCAGCUCCCCCCUACCUACGUGCCCUGCCACCAGAGACAGUACAGUAAUGAGAGCUCUCUCUACUCUCACCCCAGGACUUGGUCUGUCCCCAAACAGCAGAACGUCAGCAGCUGCUACAGCAGCAUGCAGGAGUUUCCCACCAACUACAAUGCCCAGAACACCCAGCUCUAUAGCCAGACCCCAGACAGCACUGGAGACAGCCGGUACUACUGUGUGACGGCCAGACAGCCUGGUCAACCGGUCACCCAGGCCCUGCUGGUCAAGACUGAUGAAAGGAGGGGUGGAGGGGGUAGAGAGGAGGGUGUGGAGGGUGGCGGUGAAAUGAGGAGUGCAGUGAGCAUCGUACAGGGUGGAGGAGAUAAGAAGUCACUCACUCCCCUGGGGUCAGGGGUUACCAAGGCUAAGUACCAGCCACCUCCACCCCUCAACAACGACAGUAAGGGAUACAGCAGACAGGAUGACGGCUCCCGCCACAAACAGCCAGCUACCGUUUGUCCCUCUGCUGUACUGGAGUCCUCUACAGGCCAGCCCAGCCUGAAGAGGAACAACAGUCAGACUGCAGAGCCCCACUGUAUGAGUUACCCCCCGAGAAGACAGUCUCUACAACCUCUUCAGCAGGACACCAUACACCGUCAAGAGAUGCUGCCAGACAGUCAGAUCUGCCCUCAGACCACCAGCGGCCUCAGCAACUCAGGCCUCGUACCCAGAGACUGUUCCAGUGUGGAGACUGUAGAUCUCUUCAGUAACCAGUGCACCAGGACUGACCGGUUCGCCACCACCCUGAGGAAUGAGAUCCAGAUGAGACGUGCCCAGCUGCAGAAGAGUAAGAGCGCUGCCUCCCUGAGUGGACCCUGUGAGGUGGAGGAGAACCAUGAGGUGCCAGAGGUCUGGAGGCCCAAAGACACCACCUCUUCUUCAGAUGGCUCCUUCACCUCCACCUAUAAGGACCAUCUGAAGGAGGCGCAGGCCCGCGUGCUGAAGGCCACCUCCUUUAGAAGGAGAGACCUGGAGCCUGUCCUUCUGGAGCACCCUGUGGCGGAGGCAGGGUCCCUGCCGGACUACUCCUCUUCUGGUCUGGGGAGGAGCGACAACUCUAACCCCCUGUCCAGCCUCUCUGAGGGCCUCCCAGCCAGGUCUGGCUCUGCCCAGAGUCAGGUGACCCGUAUCGGAAGCAGGAAGCGUUUCACCACGGAGAAGAAGGUCCGAUGUUUCUCUGAGCCAGACAAAAUCAAUGAGGUGGGGGUGGAGGAGGAGCUGACCCCCCCUGAGGCUGCAGACUCCUUGCUGAACCGACGCUCCACCCCCAGACCUGCCUUCACCAGACCCCUCCCUAAAACUGCCCUGCCAGGCCCUGUAGAGGACUGUGGAGAGGGCAAAGAGAUAGCCAGGGGUGAUUGUGACAUGUCCAGCGGCAGGAAGGAACAGAGAGAGUGUCAGGGACAGGACCACAGACAGCAGGCCCUUCUGGAGCUGCAGAGACUGGGGACCUUUGCUGAGUACGAGACCACCUGGAACACCCAGAAGAAAGCAGCUGAGACCAGAGGCUCAGGACGCUCCCACUCUGCUGAUAACAUCCUGGAUCCUGGAAGAGAUGACAGGACCAAACCAGCCCCAGUCCACGAGAGGUCCCGAUCCUCACCCUCCGCUGACUUCUAUGACAAGAGCCACGUUCCAGGGAGGAAGUCAGCAGAAUAUUCCCAACUGGAGAGCCAACCUGCCCAACAGGACAACAACACCACUGCGAGGUUGUCUGACAGAUGUCGUGUUGGAGAAUUCAGAGGAAGAGUGAAGAGAGAGAAGGCUCUGGAACCUCUGGAGCUGAAAGACUUCCCAGAACCCCCUCCACCCGUGACCAACGAGGAGACCCCUGACAUCAGAUCCACUUCUGCCCCCUGCCCUGCCUACCACAGUCCCACAUCCAUCUCUUACCAGCCCCUGGAAACUGACUUCCCUCCCCCAGAUGAGUCCUACACCGAGCCCAAGACCUCAAUACCCCAGCUUCAUACUCAGCUGCAGUCUGGUACCAGGAGGAAGGGUCCGCUCCCCCCACCCAGACAAGACCAUUCAAGACAUCCACAGAACACCCACUCCCAGGAGUCUCUGUCUGGCUCUCAGGGCGGAGCUUCCGCCUCCCACGCCCCGGUCUCCUCCCACUUUGCCUCUGGUCCCACCCACUCCCCAAGGGGGGAUUCUGAGCAGAGCAGAGGAUUGGUGGAGAGGGAGCAGGAGACGGUACACCAGGUAGUGCCAUCCAAUCCUGGUCCAGCCCUUCCUGCCUUGCCCAGUAUGAGGUGCCAUCGUUCUCCCUCUCCUCAGUUUGCUCCUCCUCAGCUGACAGACAAGCCUCCUGUCUCUCUCCAGCAGCACCAUGACAACCCUGUCUCUCUCUCAGUCUGUCUGCACUAUGACCAAAACAACAGGAUGGAGAAUGUGAUAGAGCCAACCAGUGUGAGGAAGGUUCCUAUAAAGAUAAUUCACUCAGAGAGCGAGAAGGAGAAGGAGAGCCGACAGUACCUGCUGCGUCACUGUCACUCUACAGUGGAAGAAUCCCAGGUGCCCAGUCUGGUCCCCCUCAGCAGCCUGGGGACCUCAGGGGCCCCGGAACAGUCCUACUCUCUGUUCUGUGCCUACAGCCGGCAGAGGGACCAGGGGCCAGAGAGAGAGAAGACACUGGCCCCACCCAGUUACCCAGCCCCAGAACUGCCUACACCCCCACCCCCUUACCAAACCCCUGAGAUGGACCUGGAGCAACACAGAGACACACACAUGUGUCCUCUCAGGGUCCACAACAGCCAAAUGGCAGUCCUGGCCACAUCCCCACCCAGCCGACAGACCACCUCGGACCCAGAGCCCCCCAGUGGUAACUGCUUGUCCCCUCCCGUCCUCCUCCCCCACUCUGAGGAGGAUGUGAAGACAGAGCAGCUGGCCAGAGACCUCAUGAAUAAGGAUCAGUCCCUAGCUGACAUCUUGGAUAAGAGCUGGAGGAGGACCACCAUGGACCUGAUGGAGGGACUCUUCACCCAGGGAGAAGUGCUGCUGGAGGGGAAGGAGAGGAGGAAGGUGUCCCUCAAACACUCCUCACCACGGCCUUCAGAGGACAGGAGUGAGGAGGACAGUGUAGCGGCAGCAGUUUCUUUGGUGACCAGCUCCACCUAUUACAGCACGUCGGCACCAAAGGCGGAGCUUCUGAUCAAGCUGAAAGACAUGCAGGAGAGGGAGGGGCUAGAGGAGGAGCUGGAGGAGGAGUCAGCGGAUGAGUUGGACCACGACCUGGCCAAUAAAAAGCAGGAGCUGGUGGACUCUCUCAGCAGGAAGCUGCAGGUGUUGCGUGAGGCCAGGGAGAGUCUUCAGGAGGAUGUCCGUGAUAACAACGCCCUAGGAGAGGAGGUGGAGGCCACGGUGCAGCAGGUCUGUAUGCCAAACCAGCUGGACAAGUUCAGGAUGUUCAUAGGAGACCUGGACAAAGUGGUUAGCCUGCUGCUGUCCCUGUCCGGACGCCUGGCCAGAGUGGAGAACGCCCUCAACAGCCUGGAGGAUGGUACAUCACCUGAGGAGAGGAGAACCCUGACAGACAAGAGGAAGCUGUUGAUCCAGCAGCAUGAGGAUGCCAAGGAGCUGAAGGAGAACCUGGACCGCCGGGAGAGAGUGGUCUACAACAUCCUGGCUUCCUACCUCCCAGAGGAGAGCCUGACCGACUACCAACACUUUGUCAAGAUGAAGUCUGCCCUCAUUAUUGAGCAGCGCAAACUAGAGGACAAGAUUAAACUGGGAGAGGAGCAGCUCAAGUGUCUGAUGGACAGCCUGCCGCUAGAGCAGAGGAUGAGCCUGUAACCCCUAACCCCUGGAUCAGAGAAUGGCUCCAAACGCACAUGACUUCUCAAACUGUGUAUGAUGGACCUGACCACUCUGGCCUCACUGCAGUGGAACCCUAUGGCCACUAAGGGGCAGCAGAGAUUAGCAGAGAGGAGCAGCAGUACCCCACUAGAUGGCAGCAAAGAACAGAGCUCCAGACUGUAGGGGUUGUAAUGUUUAGUUGACGUUUCUGAGUCUAAUGGAGCCCCACCAGAACAUAUAUAUAUAUAUAUAUAUACACACACAAAAAGGUUAAAUAAAGGUUAAAUAAAUAAACAAAUAAUAAUAAAAAUAAACCCAACAUGAAACAAUUUCAAUGAUGUUACUGAGUUACAAUUCAUAUAAGGAAAUCAGUCAAUUGAAAUACAUUCAUUACGUUAGAAUCUAUGGAUUUCACAUGACUGGGCAUGGGCACAGCCAUGGUUGGGCAUGGGAGGGCAUAGGCACACCCACUGGGGAGCCAGGCCUAGCCAAUCUUAAUUCGUUUUUCUCCACAAAAGGGCUUUAUUACAGGCAGAAAUACUCUUCAGUUUCAUCAGCUGUCCAGGUGGCUGGUCUCGGACAAUCCCGCAGGUGAAGAAGCUGUAUGUGGAGGUCCUAAACUGGCAUGGCCGUGGUCUGCGGUUGUGAGGCCUGUUGGACGCACUGUCAAAUUCUGUAAAUCGACAGCAGUAUAGUAGAGAAAUUAACAGUAAAUUCUCUGGCAAGAGCUCUGUUGGACAUUCCUGCAGUCAGCAUGCCAAUUGCACAAUCCCUCAAAACCUGAGACAUCUGUGGCAUGGUGUUGUGUGACAAAACUGCAGAUUUAGAGUGGCCUUUUUAAUGUCCCCAGUACAAGGUGCACCUGUGUAAUGACAUUGCUGUUUAAUCAGCUUCUUGAUAUGCCACACCUGUCAGGUGGAUGGAUUAUCUUGACAACAUUGGAGAGAUGUAAGCUUUUUGUGCAUAUUGAACAUUAUUUGAUUGAUCUUUUAUUUCAGCUCUUGAACAUGGGAUCAACACUUUACAUGUUGCGUUUAUAUUUUUGCUCAUAUAUAUAUAUAUAUAUACACACACAUACAUACAUACAUUAUAUAUACAUAUAUAUACUGUAUAUAUAUAUACGGUGCAUUCGGGCGGUGUACAAUUGGCCGGGCUAGGCCGUCAUUGUAAUUAAUUUGAAGGUUUAAUUAAAAAUACAAAAAUAAAAAUUCCGAAUGUGUUCA